AAUGGCUGCAAUGCCAGUGUGAAUGUCUGGUGUGAAUGGCCGCUCUGAACUUAAAUGCGCAUGUGCACCAGUUUGCGCGUAAUUCAGGUGUAUUUCGCCGGGAUGCAUGACAGUAACAGGGUAACACCACCUUGUGUGUUGUGUAAAUUGCUGAUUUGACCUUGACUAUUGGAUAUACACUUUUCUUUUCAUUGAACGACUGGUGUCGACGUUGUUUAUUGAAAAUGAGUGUCACCUUGCAUACAGAUGUCGGCGAUAUCAAAAUCGAACUAUUUUGCGAGCAAUGCCCAAAAACUUGCGAGAAUUUCUUGGCUUUGUGUGGAACAGACUAUUACAACAAUUGUACAUUUCAUAGAAAUAUAAAAGGCUUUAUAGUACAAACUGGAGAUCCAACUAACACUGGAAAAGGUGGUACAUCAAUUUGGAACAAAAAGUUUGAAGAUGAAUUCAAAGAAGAAUUGAAACAUAAUGCUAGAGGGUUAAUUUCAAUGGCAAAUAAUGGGCCAAAUACAAAUGGAAGUCAAUUCUUCAUAACUUACGGUCCACAGCCUAAUUGUGAUUUAAAGUACACUCUUUUUGGGCGAGUCAUUGAUGGCUUAGAAACACUUGAUCAACUGGAAAAAUUACCUGUCAGUAAUAAAAAUUACAGGCCUCUCACAGAUAUAAGAAUAAACAAUGUAACUAUACAUGCUAAUCCUUUAGCUAAUUGAAAUCAUUUAUGAAAACGUCCAUAUAAAAAGUAUAUUCUUAUAUGUACAAAUCAUUACAUGAAAUUUUGUAAUCUUUAGUCAUUGGAGCGGAAAGACGUUAAUUUUCAUAUUAUUAUAUUAUAAUUUUAAGUACAAAAUAAUCAAAUAUAAAGUUCACAUAAA